AUGGCAGAGAGCCAGGCGGCGAGCCACAAGCGGGCCAGGGGCGAAGGCGUGCAGAGGGCGCCCUCCGAAGAGCCAGACGAGGAGGCAGACAGCGGCGUGGCCAUGGCAGUGGCUGUUUGGGGCAGUCGCUGCGGGGUGGCCUGGUUCGCGGACGGCCAGCUGUCUUGCAUGGAGUCGGAGGACGACACCUCGGGCCCCUUCCGGCACCAGCUGCUGCAGCUGGCCAAGCUGCACGCCCGCCCAGCCGUCAUCUACGUCAGCAGCAAGGCAGACGCUGAGCUUCUGCGGGUGCUGCGCUCGCCGCUGGCUGGCGCCGCGCCGCCGCCGCCAGCACCCAGCGGAGGCACCGGCGCCGCCGGCGACCACGCAGUAGCCGCCGCCGGCGAGUUUGAUGUGCGCACGGAACGCAGCACGCUGUUCCUGCCACGUGCGGCACGGGCCAUGCUGGAGGCAGUGCACGUGCGGGGCACCCCUCCCGGCCUGACCCCCCGCGAGCGCCUGCACCGCCUCAACGCCAUGCUCAGCCUGUCCAGCGAGCAGCAGGUGUGCGCGGCGGGUGCCCUGCUGGCGGUCCUGGCGCGAGAGGGCCGGCUGGCGCCCGCCUCGGCCGCUUCCGCCGCCGAUGGCGGCGAGGAGGCAUCCGCCGCCGACGGAGGUACCGCCGGCGGUACCGCGGCAGCCACCAUGGAGGUGGCCUCCAUCGCGGAGGUCAGCCUGGACGGCUAUCUGCUGGUGGACCCUGCCAGCAUGGCAGCCCUGCAGAUCUUCCAGCAAGAGGCCCACCCCGCCGCCGCCAUGGGCAUCGGGCAGCCCAAGGAGGGCUUCUCGGUGUUCUCCACCCUCAACCGCUGCGUGACCGGCGCGGGCCGCCGCCUGCUGCGCCUCUGGUUCCGCCGCCCCAUCGUCAACCUGGCUGUGCUGAGCGACCGGCUGGACGGCAUCCAGUUCUUCCUCUGCCGCCCCGACGCCGUCAAGCCGCUGCAGGACAUGCUUCGCAAGGUGCGGGACGCCCCGCGGCUGCUGGCUCGCCUGCAGGGCCUGCAGACGCUGCCCGACCGGGCCGACUUUCUGGCGCUGCAGGCCAGCCUGGCGGGCACCCUGCUCCUGCGGGACAUGCUGGUGGAACUGGCGCCGGAGGCAGCGCAGGCCUCGCUGGCGGCGGCGGCGGCCACCGGCACCGCCGGCGGCGCCAGCUGGGCACACGGCAUGGCGGGGCUCGCGACCAGCCCUGCCGCGGAGCAGGGCGGAGGCUCGCCGGCCUCACAGAACCCGCACCAGCAGCAGGCGCAGCACCAGCAGCCCUCUUCCUCCGUGCCGGGCAUCCUCUUCAAGGCGGCGGCCGUGAUACGUCAGGAGCUCGUGCUGUGCCACAACCUCAUCUCUGGAGUCAUCGAUGGCAGUCCGGCGGCUGCCGAGGAUGGGUUCAUUAUCUCCGCGGGCGUCAGCCCCGAGCUGGACGAGCUGCGCGAGCAGUACCACGCCCUGCCCGACUUCCUCACCCAGCUGGGGCAGAAAGGCCACCUCUGGUCCAUAGUCUAUCUGCCGCAGGUGGGGUUUGUGGUGCGGGUGGAGGGCGGGCGGCUGGGUGCGCACCUGGAGGAGACACUGCCCGACUACCAGUUUGCUUUCGAGGGCGGCGUCGGCGGCGGGGAGGACGGUCCUGGCGUGUACUACCACACCGACACCACCCGCCGCCUAAACGAGCGGUUUGGGGACAUGCAGCACCGCAUCCAGGCAGGCGGCGCUGACAUGGAGGCGGGCAUCGCGUGCCAGCUCAUCGCCCGUCUGGCGCCCUACGCGCCCGACAUCGCCGCCGCAGGCGAGGCGGUGGCGGAGCUGGAUUGCAUCCUGGGCCUGGCGGAGGCGGCGCGCCACCUCAACCUGUGCCGCCCGCAGCUGACCCGUGCCAACGAGCUGCGGAUCGAGGGCGGGCGCCACCUGCUGACCGAGCAGCUGGUGGACACAUACAUACCCAACAGCACGCACAUGCAGGCGGGGCAGGGGCGCAUCCAGGUGGUCACCGGACCCAACUUCAGCGGCAAGAGCUGCUAUGCCAAGCAGGUGGCCCUCAUUACCUUCCUGGCGCACGUGGGCAGCUUUGUGCCCGCCGCCUCCGCCCGCGUCGGCCUCGCCGACCGCAUCUUCACGCGGGUGGCCUCCCGCGAGGCGGCCGCCGUGCCUCAGUCCACCUUCAUGAUCGAUCUCACGCAGAUCGCCGCCAUGCUGCGGCUGGGCACGGAGAGGUCACUCUGCAUCAUCGACGAGUUUGGCAAGGGCACCCUGGCCGCGGACGGCGUGGGCCUGCUGUGCGCCACGCUGCGCCACUUUGCCGAGCUGCCCUGCCCGCCGCGCGUCGUGCUUGAGGUGCUGCGGCCGCAGUACCUGCCGCGCAGCCGGCAGCUGACCUUCCUGACCAUGAGCGUGCUGGUGGAGGGGCAGCAGCAGGAGCAGCAGCAGCAGCAGCAGCAGCAGCAGCAGAGGCAGCAGGCGGACGGAAGCGGCGGCGCCGCGGCGCCCGCCGCUGCUGGCGCUGUGACCGGCGGUGGCUCCGCCGCUCCGCCCCAGCAGCAGCAGGAGGAGGGGGGCCAGAAGCUGGCAGCUGCCGAGCAGCUGGUGUUCCUGUACCGGCUGGAGCCGGGCCGCGCCGCCCCCAGCUUUGGGCUGCACUGCGCGCGCAUGGCGGGCGUGCCGCAGGGUGUGCUGGAUCGGGCGCGCCACGCCAGCGGCGCCGCGGUGGGGCCAGAUGAGACGGGGCAGCAUGCGCAGCGGGCAGCGACGUACCGGGGGCUGCUGCAGCGGCUGGCAGCGCUGAAUGUGCACGACAAGCAGGCGGCCCAGCAGCUGGCAGCCGCGGCGGCUGCUGCUGCCGCCACCUGA